AUGUUUGCUUAUUUAAGUAAAAAGGUAAAUGACCUGUUUUUCUUGACUCUGAGUAAGAUAGCCAUUCCAAACAACAAGAAACUCAAGUCUCUGGCCUGGAGUACAGAACAUGGAUACAUUGCUUGUGGAGGAGAGGAUGGUCUACUAAAGGUCUUGAAGCUCGAAGCUCAGAAGGAAGAUAGUACGCUUGGCUUGGCAGCUCCUACCAAUCUGGCAAUGAACCAAACUUUGGAAGGUCACAAUGGAAUGGUGCAAGUUAUUACCUGGAAUGAACAGUAUGAAAAAAUAACAUCUGCAGAUGAGCACGGCCUCAUCAUUGUUUGGAUGCUUUACAAAGGGAACUGGUUCGAAGAGAUGAUAAACAAUAGAAACAAGUCAACAGUUCGUGGAUUAAAGUGGGAUAAAGGUGGUCGACGAAUAUGCAUCGCAUACGAAGAUGGUGCAGUUAUCGUUGGAUCUGUAGACGGGAACCGUAUUUGGGGAAAAGAAUUGAAAUGCACGGAGCUGGCAGCGGUCGAAUGGGCACCACAUGGCCGUUCUAUACUCUUUGGCCUGUCAUCUGGUGAAAUUCACGUCUACGAUUCGCUGGGAAUAUUUCUGAAUAAACUACCGAUCUACUGUCUUUAUGAUAUUCACGGAGCCGUGUCCCUUGCCUGCAUAACUUGGUACCGAGGCGAAAAAGGGUACUUUGAACAAGAUUGUCCUGUGCUUGCAAUUUGCUACGACGUCGGCCGAUGUCAAAUAAUGAAACACGAGAAUGACACAAGUGCGGCACCGACGCUCCUUGAGACCGGCAUUCAUAUUAGUUGCGCCGCCUGGAACGAAAACGGUUCAGUGUUGGCGGUCGGUGGCCAACAGAAAUUUGCAUCAGGACAACAACAGCCUGAGCGUGGUUUAGGAGUUGUGCAAUUUUACAAUCCUCUCGGUGACCACUUACGUACCCUGAGCGUGCCCGGAAAACAGCCCUCGGCAUGCGCUUGGGAGGGUUUGGGUUCUCUACGACUGGCACUGGCUAUUGACUCGUUCAUCUACUUCACAAAUCUACGACCGAAAUAUCAAUGGACAUAUUGCAGAAGUACCAGUACGCUGGUCUAUGCCUUUACUAGGGCGGAUACACAAGAACGAUGCGUGAUGUUCUGGAACACCAAAAGGAAUACGUUCAGAAUUGCCGUCUAUAACAGUCUUGGCUCCGUUAUGGACAGUAAGACGGUCAAGGUGGAGCCCAAGUGUCUUGCAAUGGCCGGCGGCUAUGUGGUAAUCGCGGAUAGUUCGCUAAUUUAUCUGUGGCAAUUCAAAAAUCCCAAAACUCUCUUCGGCAUGGGUGCUGCUAUCCACGCGGACAAACCUCAAACCCCGGAUUUGGGCCUUUUGGCUGCACCAUCCACGAAGGAUCCCAUUGCAGCUAUCACAACCAGCGGCAGCCGACACCUCUUCGUCGCUCGUUGCAGUGGCGAAGUGGUGCGCUAUCGUCUUCCGGAUCUCUGGUUCGAUCUGGCCUUUCAGGCAACGGAGAAACGACCGAAUCGCAUCGAAGUGAACGCCGAUGCCUCCAUCCUGGGUCUGAUCGAUGAACACGGUAUGCUAACUCUUCAUGAGGUGCCUGAUGGUCAGGACGAGAACACGGCUUCUCAGAAGGACCAGGUCUCGUUUGACAGUUUCCUUCGAAAGGAUGUUUGGGACUUGAAGUUUUCCGAGGAUGACUCGAAAAUGUUUGUGGCGAUGGAGAAGACAAAAAUGUUCAUUUUCCACGGCGUGGAAGCUGAACCAGCAGUGCAGACCUCGGCUUACAUUGCCGGGUUCCGUGACCUUGAGGUGCUUGGAGUACUGCUCGAUGAUCUUAUUCAACAAGGGGACCAACCAAAAUUGAAUUCGAUCUCAAAUAUACCUGUGAAGGCUCUGAACAGCUGCAGGCUACUGCUUGAGAGCGCCACCCUAGAAAAGGCCAAAGCGUUCGUUGAAGAGCAUCCCCAUCCACGCCUGUGGUCUCUGAUCGCGGAGGCAGCCCUAAAUCAGUUGUGUUUGGACACGGCAGAAGUGGCCUUUGUGCACUGUCAAAAUUACCAGGGGAUCGAGUUUGUGAAGAGCCUCCGUAACAUGCAAUCGGAAAAUGUUAGAAAGCCUGUGCGGCUUCGCUUGCUCUUUAGGCUUCCUAUCACACAACCUACUGUGACCAAUUCCAUCUUCACCAUAAAGGGCUUAACGUGCCAUCGGGAAGAGAUGGGAGGCUUUUCGUUCCUCUAA